AUGGUGCUUCGAGAGGACGCUGUCCCCGUAGUACAGCCAACCCGGCGCGUGCCUUACGCACUCAGAAAGCCACUCAAGAAAGAGCUCGACCGGAUGUGUGCCGCGAACAUCAUUGAGAAAGUGGAAGAGCCGUCGGACUGGUAUGUUCCAGGCAGCAAAUUAGUUGUUGCUGACACCUUGUCAAGAAUCCCCGCACAGGAACACCCAGGCAAGGGCACAACAGAUGUUGAAGUUCAUGCUGUUGGCGUCCUUACUUCAAGUGUGGGUCCAGCCACCCUCUCCCGUCUGCAGGCAGCAACGGCCAGUGAUGAAACGCUGCAAGAUGUCAUUUUGAGAUUGCAGUCGUCAAUCCCACAUACAAUUUCAAGUCCGCAUUUUCCCAGAUCCAACGGACUCGCCGAGAAGGGCGUCCAAGUGAUCAAGCGCAUUCUGGACAAGACGGAGAGGAGUAAAGAGGAUUUCUAUUUGGGCCUUCUGAACUACAGGGUGUGUCCUCUUGAGGAUGGCCGGUCGCCAUCAGAGCUGCUGAUGGGACGAAGUCUCAGAACGCUGCUUCCAGAUUUCUCAGUGUCACCCCCAAGGCCCGUGCGAAAACAUGUGCAAGCAAAGACCCCAAGAAGGUCACUUGCUCUAUUACAGAAGGGAGACGUCGUCCGCGUUCUCAAUGAUGGUAGAUGGGAAAUAAAAGCACAAGUCCAAGAUCUCGUGGCGCCAAGGUCGUACACCGUUCUGACAGAAGAUGGCCGGGUUUUCCGUCGAAAUAGACAACACCUCCGCAAAACGCCAGAAGCGUUCUGUCGAUUCUCCCAUUACAACGCCGACGACAGCGACGACACCUCCGAUUCAUCUACAAGUGGAGCCAUACCGCAGGGGCCAGAACCUCCGCAGGGUACGCAGGACCGACCGCCAGCCGGCACCUCAGGCUUACCGAACACUGACGACUUCUGCCGACGAUCCACUAGACAACAAAGACUACCAUCUCGCCUGACCUACACUCACGGAUUCCAGCAGAAUGAAACAGCCUAG